AAAAUCAUAAUUCUUCAUCAGUUUCGUGAGUUAAUUCAACACAGACCUUUUAAAAAUGUUUAAAUUGGUGGUGUUGUUCGGACUCGCAGCCGUCGUUGCAGCUAGACCAAGCGGAUGGGAAACUCCCGUAGUCUCCUACAGCCUACCAGCAGUAGCAGUCCCUGCCGCCGUUAGUUCUACCUACAGGAGAGACGUCAUCAACAAACCUGUCAUUGCUUACUCUGCUCAUCCAGUCGUAGCUGCUCCAGUAGUCCAUAAUGUAGUAUCUUCACCAGUCUUGCCUCUCUCAGCUGCUGCUACCCACAGUUUUAGAAGCGAUUUGGUAAGCAGUCCAUGGGUCGUUGCCCAUGAAGCUCCUGCGCUUUUAGCUGAACCCGUUUGGCCUGCAGCUGCAUCCAUCCAUCCCUGGUAAAUAAAGAACUGAUGUUAGUGUAAUUUAAAAAUGUUUAACAAAAUUUAUACAAAAAAGUUAAUAAAGUUGUUUCAAAAAUGUA